CCAGCUCGACUUCAACAAGCACAGUUCUUCUCUUCUAAAAAAGACAGAAUCUCGCUGAUGUCUCUGGAGAGCUGCAGCCCUCAGUAUGUUAAAUUACUUUCAUCAUGUAUUUUCAGAUGCUUAUUGAUUUCACAGUAGGAAGAAUGAACGACCGCGGCAGCCUUUAAGCAGCAAUGCACGCUCUGAAUGUUAGCAUUAUGCUGAAACAAUGGCUCAACAUAAGAACAUCUUUUCAUUAAGGUCAUUUUCUGGAGAGAUAUUUAGCACCUGGUUUCCAAUGCACUCGGCUUACAAGUGAACAGGAUGAGGCAAUCUGAAUUAGGGGAGCUUGAAAAAGGAUUGAAAACACUUAGCAGAGGAUUUACAUCUAGAACUUGAGCCCAGCCACUCACAGGCUGAAGGAUGGAAUGAGCGGUGUUUCUACAAUCAUAUUGUCCAGUAAGCAGGAUUUAUAUAUAUAAAAAAUAUAUAUAUGAUAUGCUACAAGACACAAAGGGAUUAAAAGUCACACUGUGAUGCAAAACCGCAUCCCUGCAACAGCAAGACAAGUCUAAGAGAAGAACGGUCACCAACCAGACUUCUUAUUUGCAGAUGUUUCUGCGUGGAAACAAAAUGGUGAGCAUCUCAUAACACUGUAAAACAUUGCUAUUCCUGAAAACUGGAUACUAAAAGAGGAAAAAUGAGUUAAACAAAAUGGAUUAAGAAAAUAAUCGUAUCCCUGAACAGGAUGAGUGUGGCUUUAUGAUACCUACUACAAUCAAUAAUUCAUAGGCACGUUUGUGUCUCUAAGUUAAGAUUAAAAGUGUGACCUAUUGUGAGAGAGAUGGAUGUUAGCGACACAGAUGAUUUCUUCUAUAGCACAUACAUUGGAUUUUACAAAUGUUUUUUCAGUGACAACCCAGGGACUCUUGACAAAAAAAAAUAAUGAUUAAUAGCAAGAAAAAGCACCUGCAAUGUGUAUCGUCAUACUGAAUCAGACAAGCGAAUCUCCACGCUGUAUGCAGGUUCUAAAGUUAAAGAAAUAAUUAACAUUUACAGAAAAUGUUUCUUCCUUUGCAUUUUAAGUCAGAGGAUAACCAUAUAUAUAUGUGAGCACUGGAGAGCCAGGCAACUAAGGGCCAUCACACUGGCAGUAAACAUUUGGGCUCUACCACACUGAGUGGGAGAAACAAAUGCCUUCCCUUCUGUAAAAGUCAGCUAUGCAACAUCUUUGUAGCCCUCUGAGAAUGUGACUAGGACAUCAUGUGUCAAAUUCUAAAAAGAUGCUUCAGUGAACUAAAAGUCCCUUACGGCAGAAGGAAACAGGAUACGCACCAUCUGAUUCAAAAGGAUGUGUUUCACUUUCUUGCUGGAAAUCAACAUGCAGUCUGAAAUCAAUAUAACAGUUCGAGAUGAUAUUUAUGACGUCAGCACAAAUAUGUACCGACCACUGUCGUACCCACUUAGCUUCCAGAUCUCCCUUACUUGCUUCCUCAUGUUGGAAAUCGUUCUGGGGCUUGGGAGCAACCUCACCGUACUGGUUCUUUACUGCAUGAAAUCCAACCUAAUUAACUCAGUCAGCAACAUUAUUACCAUGAAUCUCCAUGUGCUAGAUGUAAUAAUAUGCGUAGGUUGUAUACCUCUGACUAUCGUUAUACUACUGUUACCACUGGAUAGCAACAGUGCUCUGAUUUGCUGUUUUCAUGAAGCCUGUGUAUCCUUUGCCAGUGUUUCCACAGCGGUUAACGUCUUUGCCAUCACUCUAGACCGAUACGAUAUUUCUGUCAAACCCGCAAACAGAAUUUUGACCAUGGGUCGCGCUGUUAUAUUGAUGACAUCGACAUGGGUUGUCUCCUUUCUUUCCUUCUUGAUUCCGUUCAUUGAGGUUAGUUUUUUCAGUGUUCAAAGUGAGAACACUUGGGAGAACAAGACUCUUUUGUGUGUUAGUACAAAUGAAUACCACACUGAACUUGGGAUGUAUUACCAUCUUCUGGUGCAGAUUCCAAUCUUCUUUUUCACAAUCAUCGUGAUGCUGAUCACCUACAGCAAAAUACUUCAGGCUCUCAACAUAAGAAUAGGCACAAGGUUUUCAACAGCGCAAAAGAAAAAGGCAAGGAAGAAAAAGACAAUUUCAAUGGCUACACAGCAUGAGACAACAGAUGUCUCACAGAGUAGCGGUGGCAGAAAUGUGGUGCUUGGUGUAAGGACUUCAGUGUCUGUCAUCAUUGCCCUACGUCGAGCAGUCAAAAGACACAGGGAAAGGCGGGAGAGGCAAAAAAGAGUUUUCAGAAUGUCUUUGUUGAUUAUUUCCACCUUCUUGUUUUGUUGGACACCAAUUUCCAUUCUAAACACUAUAAUUUUAUGUCUUGGCCCAAGUGACCUUUUGGUAAAGCUUCGAUUGUGCUUUCUAGUCAUGGCCUAUGGAACCACAAUAUUUCAUCCAUUGCUGUAUGCAUUUACAAGGCAGAAAUUUCAAAAGGUUCUAAAGAGUAAAAUGAAAAAGAGAGUUGUUUCUAUUGUGGAAGCUGACCCCAUGCCUAACAAUGCUGUAAUACACAACUCAUGGAUAGAGCCCAAGAGGAAUAAAAAUCUAACGGCUGACGACAGUGAAGCCAGACAGAAAUGCCUAGCUCCUCAGGCUGCUACUGACUAAGUUACUGUUGAGUCUUCUUUCUUCUCAGAAUAAUCUUACUAAUAUUCAGUCAAUGCUUUUUAUUUAUUUUUACAUGGUUUAUUACACCGUACAUUUUCGAUACAUUGUACUUUGGUUAGAUAAUCAAUUUAUACAUUAACUAUUGUACAUGGUGCAUGGCGGUUUGUUAGUAAUGUGUACACUUUGUCUAUUUUCUGUUAAUAGAGAUACAUUUAUGUAAAUUUCCUUUUCUAAGAAAAAAAAAAAAACUACACACAAAUAAAAUAUAUUUCCAAUGUUUAAAUUGUUUUUCGAAAAGGACUAAAAAGCAGUAUAUACUAUAUUUGUUUUAUAUUUUGUCUGUAAUAUUACAAUUUCUUUACAAAUAGAGUAAAAUCCAUAUAAAGUGCACUAAUUAAGGCACUAUGACACUGUUUGUUCUCAUUAGAGUUUAUAAUGAAAGGCAUUUUGCUCUAAGAUCCAAUUUCUUCUAGUAUCAAGACUUCCCAUUAAUUAGAAAAAUGUUUUAAAAAAGGCAGGGAGGCUGGUGCAUGGCAUGAAAAAAAAUCUAUAUAAAGAUCCAAUCAAGACGUCUUGAAGUCACAAAACACUGAAGACCUUGUCAACAACCAGGUCAAAGUACACAAUAAACUCAUAGAUCCUGGUUAAAUACGAAUAUUUGGUUUAAGAAUACUGUGAUUAUAAACGUCACAUUGAGCAACUAAUUUUAAAUGGGAAGUUCUUAGGAUUAUUUAACAUUCCUACAGAAAACCACAUUUUUACUCUGUUUGUUUAAAAAGGACAUAAUUUUAAAAAUAAAUAGUACUUAUAUAUACUCCAGCUUAUACAUUGUGCACCUGCUUCUAUUCAAUACUCAAGCCAUAUAUUGGUCAGUUUGCAUUUUUCCUCAGGGAAUGCUUACUUCUAGUCUGUAGUCAGGAGACAUUGAUGGGCUAAAGGUCUCUGACUUCACAACAGACAGAGCUUGCUGUGCUAUGAUUAUGUGUUUGAACGUUUGUAGAAAAGAAUUCAUAGGCAGAUAUAUUUAUAUGCUUAAUACAUUAGUGCACUCAAUGGACAUGCCACUUUGAUUUACAUUACCUCUGCUAAUGAAGAAACAUGAUUAUUAAUGAAGACUGUUAAACGUAGUCAACCUUUGGAGUUUUGUAUACUUUGGGCAAACUCAGGGAUCCAUACUGGAUGAUGGCCAAUUACUACUAGCCUGUGGAAAACAUAAUAAUACUAAUAAUAAUAUUCUAGUGUGGUUUAUAUUGCUUAACAAUGUAUAUACUUUGUAUAUUAAAUAAAAUAUGUAUAUA